UUUCUACGUAUGCAGAAUGUACAGUCACGGUUAAUYYAGAAAGCAAAAUGAUAGGAGUGGGRACGACAAUAUCUGUAGUAUGUACCAUYACUGACGGUGAGACAUUUGAAGGAUGGUACAAAACAGGAAAUAAUGCUCGAAAAAUAACGACCAAGSUCGAUGACAGGAUCAACUACAAGAGCGAAGGCGACAGACAUACMUUGAAAAUYAGUAARACACAGGAUGUAGAUCACGGAGUCUACGAAUGUCGAGCAACAUCUGGAAAUAAAAAAACCUUCACUCUUUCGAUUUUGUUGCCGCCUGUGAUUCUGGUCCCGCCACAUCCAGAGAAGCGCUACGUGACCGUUGGUUAUAAUACGUCUUUCAAAUGUGUAGUGGACGGCUCACCCAAACCCAAAAUUAAUUGGUUGAAUCCCGCGAACCAAGCAGUAUCCACCUUCGAUCCACGUUAUCAUAUAGAGGACGAUGUACUUUACAUAUAUAAUGUUCAACGAUCUGACAAAGGGGUGUGGACGUGUAACGUCACUCAAGGAGAAACUCAUGUGUCUGCCUCUGCUGAAAUUUUAGACGUUUAUGAAGCACCAAAAAUUACCGAUCCACAGUUUCCUUGGGUGUAUUAUCCUGAGCUGUUUAAGGCAUACACCAUUGCAUGUAAAGCAAGUGGUUAUCCAAAGCCAACCGUCGUCAUCAGAAAAGAUGGCAGGAUUCAUCCCAGACUAGACGCGAAACCAGGAGAGGCUUUCAUUAGGUCCUUUUUAAUCCGGGUACAUGACUUGGGCAACUAUUCUUGUGAAGCUUGGAGCAGUGCAAGGGACUCUAAUGGCGAUGUCAUUGUUGUUAAUCAAACCUUCGCAGUGUUCACUAAAGACAAGCCAUAUGUCAACGAUCAAGGAAGUCCUAAGGUGAUCUACUCAUAUGUGGGCAAUCCAAAACCACUUAAGAUUAACUGUGACUUUGUCAGUUGGCCACAGGCCAACGUGACAAUCUGGCGUGGGUUUUACGAACUGACUAACGGCACAGAUCAGGCAACAUUAUACGUGUGGACGUACAGUUGGGAAGAUUUUGGGCCUUAUAGUUGUAUCGGCAGUAAUAUCUAUGGUGAGGUCAACUACACUGUUUUUAUAAAGCAUGCAACGCCCCCGGAAAAGCCAACUAAUAUCCAGAUAGAUUCGACUUGUGACCGAGCCAGUAUUACGUGGAAUCCGCCAGACAACACCGGUGGGAUGGAGAUUGAACGCUACGUCCUUGGAUUCAGUAAUCAGCCACUUGUGAAGUACAACACCAAUGACUCGUAUCCCGAAUGGAAGAUUUCUAAUCUUACAGCAAAUACGGAGUAUAGUGUAUUCAUACGUGCCAUGAACAGACAGGGUGCUGGACAGGAAGCCAUUGUUGUGUUCAGGACAAACAGCAGCUGUAUUCCCAAACGACCGAUUGUUUUCUCACCUGUGGAACAAACCCUCGAUCGAACGUUUCUUGACUUGAGAUGGAAACUUCCAGAAAACGCGGGUGGUCAGGAGGGUAUUUAUUGGUAUUUGACGAUAGUGAAAGAGAAAGAUGACUAUGAAGGGAUAGGCCACAUCAAGGUUUACUCGAGCACUGACCGCGUACAGCGGAUUGGGGGUCUGAGAAAGAAUGUCACUUAUCGAUUUGAACUGUACGCCAUGACGAUGCAAGACCAACGAAGCGAGCCGACCUAUGUCAUUUACUACGUUGCACCAAAUGCGUACGACUCGGCUCAUGCCCUCUCUGCUAGUUUUUGGUGUGUUGUACUGGGACUGGCCAUCACUUAUUUCAAAUACUAAAUUUUGGGUCCCACAUCGUAAGCCUAUAACUACAAGAUAAAGCAAAAUGUAAUUUAGCUGAAACACUCAGUCAAACAUACCGUUUCCUUGGUAAAGUCAUAUUGCUUGGUUCAUUUUGGAACAUCACUGAUCCAGGAAUAAGCUACUAGACUGCACAAGACUGUCAUGCACCAAUAGGACAUGAAUGUCAGUCAUGUAAAGUAAAGCUUACCAGUUAAUACGAAGUAUCAGUGAAAACACGACCUAACAGGACUAGCUUAAUACGCGCGAGAUUUGUAAGUCAAUUGUUUUAUAUAUAAAUAACCGUUUUAUAAUUCAGUGAUAUCUAAAGUUCGCAAAAUGUAUUGAUCUAUACUCUUUAACAUCAGCUGUUUGUAAUAAACCCAGUUUGUUUCUUAUAAAUGACUAUCCACUCAGUGUUGUUAGAAUUAUUUUAUUAUCAUCGAAUAACAAAUAUAACCUUUAAUACUCUAGUUUCGAGUUAUCUUUGCUAUUAUGCGUUAUGAUAUUCAGCUAUUCGACCAAAACCCGUGGAAUUCUAAUUACCUCGUAUUGUUCCGUAGUACGUGUACACAAUCGAGGCUAAGACUAAGCAAAGGCGAGCUCGAAUUGGAAGUAUUUAUAAUAAAAUACAGUAUCAUAUAUAA